UGCUCGAGCAAACGACAAGGCUUUGGACAUCGUUCGAGGUGCCCUUGACCACUGUCCGCGGCUGCCCUAUGGCAAAGUGAUGCUGGCAGGGUCAAAGGGCAUCAGCAAAGCAAGUGAAGCCCGAGGACGCAGGACAGGAAGAGCAGAAUGAUGGCAGAUCAGAAGUGAACAGAUCCCGGAACCAUGUACACAGCAAUCCCCAAAAGUGGCUCGCCCUUCGAUGCUUCGGUAAAGGAGCCGGGCCUCCAUAUCUGGCGAGUGGAGAAGAUGAAGCCUGUGUCGGUACCAGAAGAGAUGAAAGGCAUCUUCUAUUCUGGGGAUUCUUACCUGGUUCUUCACAAUGGACCUGAUGAGCAAUCCAGUGUGCACAUCUGGAUUGGCCAGAACUCCUCCCGAGACGAGCAGGGAGCCUGUGCUCUGCUCUCCACCAACCUCAACUUCUUCCUGAAAGAAAAACCUAUCCAGUACCGGGAGGUGCAGGGCAAUGAGUCCGACAUUUUCAUGGAGUACUUCCCCCACGGCAUCAAAUACCAGGAAGGAGGUGUGGAAUCUGCCUUUAACAGAACCCAGGCCAGCCAGCAACCCAGUCCUAUUCGCAAACUCUACCAGGUGAAGGGGAAAAAGAACAUCCGGGCCACUGAAAAAGAACUGAGCUGGGCUAGUUUUAACACCGGCGACUGCUUCAUCCUGGAUCUAGGAGAGAACAUCUUCACUUGGUGUGGCAGCAAAUCCAACAUCCUAGAGCGCAACAAAGCCCGGGAUUUAGCAACGGCAAUUCGGGAUAGCGAGAGGAAGGGGAAAGCCAAAGUGGAGAUAAUUGCAGAUGGCGAAGAGCCGGCUGAGAUGAUAGCGGUCCUGGGUCCUAAACCAGCUCUGAAAGAGGGCAGUCCAGAGGAAGAUGUCAUGGCUGAUCGGAAAAAUGCAAUUGCCGCUGUGCUUUAUAAGGUAUCGGACAUGACGGGGAAAAUGAGCCUGACUAAGGUCUCGGAGUCCAGUCCAUUCCAUCAGGACCAGCUCAUCACAGAUGAUUGUUUCAUCCUGGACAACGGGCUAUGUGGGAAAAUCUACGUUUGGAAAGGCCUCCGAGCAAAUGAGCAGGAACAGCAGGCAGCCCUGAAAGUAGCUGAGGACUUCAUCACUCAGAUGAAGUAUCCCCUGAACACACAGGUGGAAAUCUUGCCCCAAGGCCGCGAAAGCCCUCUCUUCAAACAAUUUUUCGUAAACUGGAAGUGAAACCGAGUCGACAUCGUGAGCUGGAAAUAUUUGGUGCAAGUGCCUUACAUAUCCUGUUAUCGACCAUUAUGCCUUAUUAAAACAGAGCCACUGUGGCCUAACAGUC